UCUUCAUCUCUGUUUUGUCUAGUGGAAAGUUCCUUGCUGUUCCCUUUUUUUUCUUUUUGCAAAUUUAUUUCCAAGUUUAUUUGUAGAAGUAUUGCAGUGUUAGCAGUGGGACCACAGUUGUGGGCCUCAGCUGUGUAAGCUAUGCACUCGUCACUAAAGGUUUUUCUUGCGCCUUUGAAAGUCGUCUUUGCGGUGGUAGGAACAAGGCCUGCUGGGACCCAGUAGUGGGAACCUUCUGGACCGUGGCCCAGAAUCCCGCCUUUGGAUAUUACCACCCUGACCCCAGCCCACAUUAGUGUUUAUGGUUUGAGUCAACCUGCUAAUGGAAGCACUAUUGGAUUACGCCGAGAGAGGCCGUGGCACACAGCGUGCUGUGUUGUGAAUCUCGGGGGCCUUACGUAGCUGGGGGGAGCAUGUGAAGCCCUCAGACGUUUGCCUUCUGCGCUCAAGUGGAUUACUGCCUGUGUUUCAGCUGUCCACCACGGGGGCGCUAAUCACAUUUAUCCAAUUAUUUGGACCUAAUCCUUUGUUUGUCACAAGGCCUCCGAAGCUCUUAGGAGUGCUGUUGUUUUGCAAUGUCGAAACAUGUCUUCCGGCUGUAGGAGGUGGACAGGGUUCAGUGCCAUGUCAGGGUCACGUUGCACCAUGGGUCCAGGUUUCAAAAGGAUGACUGUUGCCAUUCAUCUGUUUUGUCACCCUUCUAAUGUUUGUGUCCCCAGGGGUGGUAGAAGAUGUUCCAGCCAGCUCUGGCUUCCUUGCUUGUUGUUCUUGUGUGUGUAAUAGUUGUGUGUUUUUGGGGGUGUGGGCUUAUUGCAACUUGCAGAUAUACUCAGUGGAUGAGGAUGAACAAGAUGGUUCCAGCCUGGAGUUCCUGGUGCCCCGUGACCUGGCCGAUGGCUUCGUCAACAACAAGAAGGAGAGCUACAGCUUCAGGUUUCAGAAGGUGUUUGAUCAGAUGUCCAAGCAGGAGGAGAUAUUUGACAACAUCGCCAAACCCGUCGUAGACAGUGCUCUGGCUGGGUACAAUGGCACCAUCUUCGCUUACGGACAGACGGGCAGCGGGAAGACCUUCACCAUCACCGGAGGAGCCAAGCGCUAUAGCGACCGCGGCGUCAUUCCUCGCACGCUAUCCUACCUCUACCAGCAUUUCAGCCGGGACAGCAGCAAGAUGUACACCACGCAGAUUUCCUACCUGGAGAUAUAUAACGAUGUGGGCUACGACCUGCUUGACCCCCGUCACGGGGCCUCUGCCCUGGAUGACCUCCCGAAAGUGACCAUCAUGGAAGACCCAGAUCAAAACAUCCACCUCAGGAACCUGUCAAUCCACCAGUCGGGCAAUGAGGAGGAGGCUUUGAACCUGCUCUUCCUCGGAGAUACCAAUCGGAUGAUUGCAGAGACCCCAAUGAACCAGGCGUCCACACGCUCCCACUGCAUCUUCACCAUCCACGUUUGCAGCCGCGAGCCGGGAUCGGCCACCCUGCGCCGCUCCAAGCUGCAUCUUGUGGACCUGGCCGGCUCGGAGCGCGUGGCGAAGACCGGUAUGGGUGGCCAGCUGCUCACCGAGGCCAAGUACAUCAAUCUGUCACUGCACUACCUAGAGCAGGUGAUCAUCGCUCUGUCAGAGAAGAAUCGCUCACACAUCCCUUACCGGAACUCCAUGAUGACGUCAGUCCUGAGGGACAGCCUUGGUGGCAACUGUAUGACCACCAUGAUAGCCACAGUGUCUGUGGACAAGAGGAAUGUUGAGGAGUCCAUCUCCACGUGCCGCUUCGCCCAGCGGGUGGCGCUCAUCAAGAACGAAGCCCAGCUGAACGAGGAGCUGGACCCCACGCUGGUGAUUGUGCGUCUGAAGAAGGAGAUCCAGCUGCUGAGGGAGGAGCUGGCUAUGGUGACCGGGGAGCAGAGGGCGGAGCAGCUCGCCGAGGACGAGAUCCAGAAGAUGGAGGGCCAGGUCAAGGCCUUCCUGGACGACCCUGACCCUGACAUCACCCUGGAUCUGGGGCCAGACAUGCGGAAGAUCCACUACUGCUUUUCCUUGCUCAAGGCGAUGGUUCGGUCGGGUCAGGCUGGGGCAGCUGGACAUUGCCGUCCUCCCUCCGUGGGGACAGCGGAGGACAGCCCCGCCCCAGGGGAGCUGAAGAAGCUGAAGGACAUGCUCCAGCAGCGAGACAACGAGAUCAGCAUCCUGGUGAGCAUGCUUAAGAAGGAGAAAAAGAGAGCGCAGGACUUUGCCACUCAACUGGCACAGGUGCCCACCGCCCAUCUGCAAUCCCAGAAUACCAUGAGCUCAUCUCAGGCAACCCCAGAGCUGGAGGCGGGAAGGGGGCAAGACAGUGCCCAGCCGUAUGCCCCACGCCGGCAACGAGGACCCGAGCUGUCCAUGGGCAGGAAGGAGGCCUUCGCGAUCUUCAGGAGGGACCAUGAGGACAGCGUGACCAUCGAGGACAACAAAGCCCUGCUGAAGCAAAGGUUUGCAGAAGCCAAGGCAUUGGGGGAGCAGGUGAAUGGAACCAGGAGCAGAGUCAACGAGCUGAAGCAGCUGUUGGAGCAGAGGAGGAUGCAGAGGGCAGCCCAGGUGGUGAUGGGAGGCCAUGAAGCACCAGAGGAACCAGACCCCAUUGAGGAGAAGCUCUGCAGACAAAUUGAGGAAGAAAAGAAAAGUUACAAGACAACCUUUAGCCGCCUGAAAGGGCUGAAGACUGAGAUCGAGCACCUGCAGCUGCUGCUGGAGAGGGCGAAGGUCAAGCUGCAGAGGGACUUCAGCCAGUGGUGGGCCCGAGAAGAGGCCUGCUUACAGGAGCCAGAGCCAGAGUCAGAGGACACCGCUGCAGGCCAGAGUUUAGGGCAGCAUGACCAGUGGGGGGCACCGUCCUCCACUGCGCUCCCCCCAGCAAGGAGCGUCACCCCAACUCGAUCUGCGGCCACCAGCCACGCACUGGGCAGCCGAGACCCCACACCACUGUCCCAGCUGAGAGUCCUGGGUCCCCCCAGUGACCUGUCCUUCAUUCCUUUGACUGGGGACCAGAAGACUGAUGAUGACAUCAUGGCCUUUGUCAGAGCCAGACAGAACCUGCUGAGCCGAACCGGGUUGAGUCAGAAGUGAAAGGUUGUACGCUGACAUUCGCAACGCCGUCGUGUAAUGCUCCUGGAACCAAAGGUGGAGUCAUGGAGAAACAGACGCAUGAAAUCUCCUGUCCAGGAUUGCACCCAAGAUCAUAACAGUGUGCACUGACAUUGCGGGCGGUAUGCCUCGAUUUGCUGGGCAUUACCUACACUGCCUCCUGGUGGCUGGAGGUUGAAGACUUGCCAGUCCAAGGAGUACAGCACAUCGUCCAUAGAAAUAAGGAGAAUCAUGAGAAAGGUUAUUUCACAAUCUGAACAUUCGGUAUUGUGAGUCUGAAUAACUGUCAGUGACUUUUUCAUUAAGGUGAUACAUUAUAUAAAAGUUGUACUGUACUAGGCUGUAAAUGUAUGUUUGUAUAAUGCAGAUAUGUCCUGAAAGGUAUAGAGGGGGCAUAAGUAGGUUAAUGUUUAAGAGACGGCUGGAAUUUCAGUGUGAAAUGUAUGCAAAAGAAGGUCAGUGACAUCACUGCUGUGAGCAGCCAAUGAAUAUUCUGAAGCAGGAGUGCAUCACUUGAUUGCUGAACACGAGCAACCCUGCUCUGGCUGUGCUUUUCCUUUUUCCUGAGAGAGAAAAUCUUUUACUGUAAAUGUUUCUGCUUGCUGAACGCAGAGCUCAGAGUUUGCAUUGGCCCAAGUGCAUUUGCUUAUUGAACAUGAAGUGACCCCACCCUCCCCACAGACGUAAAUUUGCAAUCGGAUCACAGUCAUUCUCAGUGUUUCCCAGGAGGAUCAAAACCUUGCACAAGUGGCUACUUUUUCCACUGAGGGAAUGAGGUGAGCCGGCGGCCUCGGUACACUCUGACCACCAGAUCCAUCUUCUCCAUCCAGAAGCUGCUCCUGUGCCACAUGGCAAGCUGUGCCAACCUCACCCAUCGCUCUAGCCUUCAUUGCAUAUCAUUACAUCGAACUAACACAUUCUGGGCUAUCCAAGUCAUGGAUAAGGGUACAUUUUCUGGAACUUUGUUGUGUGUUUUGGUUAAUUUACAGUUGUGGUUAAGUUAUUAACGUAAGGGCUGCAGCUCAACCAAAACAUCUCCGCUCAAGAAGACUGGUAAUGCAGAGCCCCAGAACCCUUUCCACACUCCAGAGAGAAACCUCCACCACUGAGUAAAGCCGCAAAUCUUUGGCCAGCCACCGAGUAUGUAAAACCACCGCAGGAGCCCAGCCAAGGAUUUACAUACUGGGUUGUUUCCAGUUUGAUCAACUCGAUCACCUGCGUCACUAGAUGUUGGCUGAUGGUGGGGGCCCUGUAGCUGCCGUCGGUGGUCAGCACGUCGGUCAUGUGUGUCGGCAUGGGCGCACAUACUGCAUUCCCAUUUUGGAAAAGACAGUCGGGAUCUUUACCUAGACCUAGAUGUCCUUACGCACAUCGUGCUUGAUGGUAGCUUCAGAGUACACAGUACAGCAUUUGAGGUUCUCCAGGACUUGAUCAAGUAGAUUACUGUGAAGGAUGAGAAAGGUAGUUAGAACCUUGUUCAGUAGUGAGACUUCCAAUUUAUUCAUUCUGCUUCUAAUGUCCAUUCCCUAAGUCUGAACGCUUGAGCAGCCAACAGCCAGGUGAAACAUUAACUAAUGUUCCACUGACUCUGUCUGCCAGUCCCCCCCACCCACCUGGAGUGAGAAUUGGGGGGGGGUGGGGGGUGGCCGGAGGGGGUGGGAAUGGUGUGUUUUUUCAUCUGAGGUUAUCAAGGGCUUUUGCUGUUGGAGGUGCAGAGUUCUCACCAAUCGGGGUGUGAUCUGCCAGGCCUUUCAUGGACAUGCCCUGCUGCAACUGAGAUCAGCCAUUAAGAGACAAAUCUGAGAAGCUUUUAAACAGCACAAGGGAGCAUGUCAGCAUAGCUAGUUUGUUUUUUUUUCUUUAUAACUGAGGGACAUUCAGCAUGUUGCUCAGUCCGCCUGUGGAGGUCUCAUCACAGAAGCAAGUCCUCCGUAAGGAGUGUGCAUCACACCUUCCAGCCUUGAUGUCCAUGGCGCGACUACAGAUCAGGAGGGUAAAGCUCAGCUGGACAGGACUGCUCAUCCUUGGCCACUUCAUAUACCUGCUUGGGGGAGCCACGGUCUUUCAGUUCCUGGAACGGGAGGCAGAGAACAAGAAUCGGCAGCAUUUCCAGCUGGAGAAGCUCCACUUCCUGGCUAAUUACAGCUGUCUGGAUAAGCCGGCGCUGGAGGAGUUCGUGAAGGUUAUGGAAAUCUGUCCCCCAGCACUGGCUCUGGCCAGGUCUUCUGUGUCUUGUAUGCCCUAUUUGGCAUCCCACUGAACCUGGCCUUCCUCAACCACCUGAGUACGUGUCUCAGUCUGCACCUGGGACGGCUGGAG